GGAAGCCGGAGAAAGGAUCGGAGGGAGGCAUUGGAGGUCGGCGAAGAAUGGCACAUGGAUCCGGUACAGUACGCGACCGUGGGAGCGUCGCAGUUCAGUCGAGGAAACACAGUCAGUGACAAUAGUUACAGUGUGGGCAGCGGGCCGAGGCAACGGGUAAGAGCGUGGCGCAGAAUGUGUCCUGUGCUUCGCUCGGAUGCGCUUUCGUUCGUCGACGACGACGAACGACGAACGACGACGAAGGAGGCAGUGGGUGCGCGGAGGAACAGAGGAAUUUCGGGAGCGGUUGCAUUCAUUUGAAGCCGGAACAGGAAUAGUCAGUGCGGGAGAAGCAGGAUAAGGGUAGAUUUGGGGACUCGCAGCGAUUCUGGAGUGGAGAGGGAUUUUCGGUCCCUCGGGACGGGAAGAAAUCGAUCCGACAAUAAUUUAGGGCUGUUUGUUACAGGGAGUUCGACGUCUGUGGCUCGGGCUUUUUCGAAGGAUAUUCGACGAGUCUGGUUAGACUAGAAACACGAAGCUGGUGAGGUGGCGAAUAAAACAUUUUCGAACGCGUCGACCGAGUUCUCGUCGGAGGGAGCGGGGGACGAUCAGUUGGUUGCUGGAAGGAUCGUGAAUUUCUUCGGUUCAGAUUCGGGGGGUUUUUUGGGGGGCUUGAUUCUGGACGAGGUUCACGAGUUCUGAAAGUACUCGUGAGGAGCGGAAGCGCUGAAAUGAGGAAGAGGUCCUGAGGAGGGCCUGCCUGUGGUAGGGACCGGAGGCACUUCCUCCGGGGGGAAUUUCCCUCGUUUCGCUUCGUUGCCGUUGUUGCUGAAAAGGUGGCCGAUCCGAGGAAGCGAUGAGGGCAACAAAUGAGGACGAGGAAGAUGUUGAAGUUGAGGACGACGACGAAGAAGAGGAAGAGGAGGAGGAAGUUGAGGAAGAUGUAGAUAUUGACGAAGAGAUCAUAGAAGUGGAAGAAGAUUACAAUCAGCCCGAGGAGGAGGAAGAGGAGAAGGAUCUUUUUGAUUCUGAUGAUGAAGACUAUGCGAAGACGAAAGCCGUUAGUGCUUUGAAGCCUCCUCGACUACCUCCACCCAUAAGUUUUCCUAAGAGACAAGACUAUCAUGAAGCGUCUGGUGGUGGCGGUGGCGGAGGCGGUGGAGGGAGGCAUGGAGGUGGAAGACUUGGUGGUGGCAGAGGUGGAAGACACGGUGGUGAUAGGGGAGGAGACCGAGAUCGGUAUGGCGGAGGAGGUUAUGGAGGUGGGGGUGGGCCUCGUCACAUGAGGCACAAUAACUCCGGCGGAGGGGCACCUGGUGGAGGGCGGCGCUUCGUCAACGAAAAUCUUGUUGCCGAAAUGAAGCUCGGAGCUACAGGUCACAAUGAUGCUAAUUUGCGCAACAAAUGCCCCCAAGUUCAAGAGCCGUCUGAGCUCGCGUGCUAUAGCCGGAUGCGCGAUGGUAGCGUACACAUGGACGACCGGGGUCUGAGAAGAUUUCGUCAAGAUGUCUUGAAUGAGUACGGAGCCGACUUGAAUGAAGGCUUUGAAUCAUUUGUUGAGAAGACGGAAGAUAACGAUGGUUCUGGAUUUGGGGAUCUACUGGCUUGCCUGAGGAAGAACGGACCUCCUCUUGACAACAUUCACUUUGUGACGUUUCGCAACAACCUGAAUAAGAUUCUCGGGACUGCAUACAACAGGUCGGAUCCAUGGGAGAUGGGAGUCCACAAAAGGCGUAAUACCGUUUACCUCUUUGUGCGCAAAACCCCAGAGCACAAUCAGUCUGAACAACAACGGAAGUGUAGUUACUGGGGUUACUCCUUCGAGCGCCUGGCUACUGAACAGCGGAGUUCUUCAAAAUCCGCGAAUGGAGCUAGCAAGAGAGGAGCCAAUGAAGAAAUUGUGGUAGAUGCCAACGUGGAGUAUUGUGCAGUUAUCCGCACUAAGAUUGGUCCCCAUCGGUUCGUUAUGGGUGCGGAAAUGGAUUGUUAUGAUAUAGGUCGAGAUGGGAAGAAGACUUACAUCGAGUUGAAGACUAACCGUGAGCUCGACGCUCGCACCAUCGACAGGUUUGAGCGGGAGAAGCUUCUCAAAUUUUGGAUUCAAUCAUUCUUGGCAGGAGUGCCACGCAUAGUUUGCGGUUUCAGGGAUGACGACGGCAGGAUAGUGCGCACUGAAAUGAUGAGCACAAAAGAGAUAACCCAGAGAGUCAAAGUCAAGCAUUAUUGGGAGGGUGGUGUUUGCCUGGCAUUUGCCGACCAAGUCUUCUGUUGGCUGUAUGGCAGCGUGAAAGAAAAUGAAGACUACUUGCUACGGUUUCUACCCAAUGCAAACAGAUUGGAGCUACUUCGAUCAGAUUCCUGUCCCGAGGUUAUUACCAAGCAUUUGGAGGAACUACCGUAGUUUAGAGGCAUAACCUGUAGAACUAUGGAUAUCAGCUUUCGGCGUAGAGUUCGUUCCAUGGCCUGCUGUGACAGUACUGCUCGGCUCUUGGAAGUGUAUGAUAGAUUAGACGUCGAAAUGCAGUUUUUGACUGAGUAGAGUCGGGUCAGUGAAAGACACUGCCCCUUUUGCAAACGGUUACUGGAAAUUCAUCAGAUCAGUGCAUAUAUCAUGCAUAUGAGAGUUUGUAUUUUUACCAGCCAUUAAUAGUAUUCAACUACUAGAUUGUAGUUGACAGAUACCAUUAGUCCUAUCACCUCAUUGGCUUCAGUACUGCGUUCUUUAAGGCUGCGUACACGUAGGUUUUUUGCUAAAUAGGGUUGUAGUUGACUCACUCUAGGCUCGUUUGGUCAUUUGAGCAAUCGAUGAAGAGCACCUAUACAUGCUCUUCCCGUAAUUCAAAUGCUUGUUGAACAGGCGAAUUAUAUGAAAUAAGAGCUGUUCUGCUCUGUGAUAGAGGAUAUAUUUGAAGGGCAAGACUGUGCAAGAGCCAUUGAAAUUCUGUUGCAGCUUCUUUCCACCUCCUGGUCCCGUCAGUGACUGGUGGUUGAGCGCCGUUUUAGAGACUCAUCAAUUAACUGUCUUCUAAUUCCAGCUUCUCGGCC